AUGGGUUAUGAGAAAAUUGUUGCUGAUAGUUUAGGAAAUGCGAUCGUCAAUGCUCAAAUCGAUCACGCGGAUUACUAUCACGCGGUGUUUGCGGAGCAGCGAAACUUUUUCCUACCAUACAUAGCCAACAAAUUUGAUGUCGAUGAGUGUCCAAUAUGUUUAGAAAAAUUUAAAGAAGAAAAUAUUGUAAUGCAGCUGCACUGUCAGCAUGUAUUCCACACGAAUUGCUUCCAACUCUGGCUCAGCCAAAGUAGCACAUGCCCGUACUGCCGCAUGAAGCUAAGUGACAAAAUGACCAAAUUUUAUAAUUUUGAUUCCAUUGUUGAUGCCGCUGGUGUUAUACAUGUAACGAUAUACUUAGAGACGGAUCACAAUCUGUACGGCGAGUAA